UUAUAACUUUAAACAUAAGACUAUAUCAAAAAGUCAGGCUCUAAAUAAAUUAAAAGGCCGAAUAAAUGUCAGAAACUAGAGGUCCAAUUAUCUACCUGAUCAAGAAGGGUGGUAGUGAUGGAAUAUAAGUCCAAAAUUUGCAGACAAAACUAAUCCUGGCAAUGCAUUAUUGAAUCUCUUGUUCAGGAUCGGCUAAGAGCUGGUCGGAUAUAGGGCAAGGGGAUCUAGUUCAGAGGAUAUAAUGUAAAUGUAGAGAUCGGGGAUUUGGGAGAACUUAGGAAGCAGAACGGGAGUAAGGAGAGAGGGUAGGACCUUUUAGACUGAGUUUUUGGGUUUAAUGCAUGAUUUUAGUGCUGGAAGGUUUUUGGAUUUUUAAAAAAGUUUGAGUCGUUGUGAAAUUACUUUUGUUUUAUAGGAAGGGAGGAUUUGAUUGGGGUUAUUGUAAUUUUAAAGUAUUUGAGUUUGGUAGAGUUUAAAGGGACUAAACACAGUAUUUUCAAUUUC